AUGUCCGUUAACUCAGUGAAACUGAAUCCCCAGUGUAUCAUAGGUGAACGGAAUGUUUGUAUGAGCCUGCACAACUUAAGAGCAAAGUCAAAUGGCCAGAAGGCAAAUGAAAAUGAAGACAGGGAUGCCCAAUUUGUUUUCACGUACCAGAAACCCAUUCAGCCUUACAUCUCGACUCUGAAACAUUUUCGGAGAGACUUUUUGGCAAACUGCAUCUUCCCUUAGCUUAAGGAACUCAGUUCCAGCACAUAUUUCAAAGCUGUGGACCUGAGGCGGUCAGCACUGAAGACCCGGGCACCUUUGCCCUCUAACCUGUUUGGACAGCUUUCUUGUCUCCACUCCCAGCAUUUAAAGCUCUGUCUCGACUAUGUGAACAGUUGCGUCUGUCUCUGUUUCAUUUGCAUGCUGGGUCAGACAUGGGGAGACUUUCUUCCUGACUCCUCACUGUUCAUGUUCUCCAAAGCAACUGACUUCUCAAAUGUAUCCACAGUAGAACAGAAUCUUUAUGUUGCUGCAAAAAAUGGUUAGCCUUGGGUCCUGGAGAAUUCCAACUGCAGUCUAACAGAAUUUGAGAUCAUCCAAGCAGCAUUUCUGCAUGAAUCUCAAUUUCAGUAUUUUUACUUUAGGUCUGGAACUACGCUGCUGAAGACUUUAGAUGGGGAAGAGGAGGAGAGGCUAUCUGUAGGUUCUCUGCUGAAGGAUAAGGAAAAACUGAGGAUUGGAAAGCUUAAGGCCAAGAUUAUUAGCAGAGGGCUCCCUGUCAGAUUUUACAGAGAUCUCCACGGGUUGGGUGAGCUGGUUUUCAAGGACUGGUCAAUUGUGAUACAAAAACUUUACCCAGCCACUUUAAUGACUGAAAAUAUAAAUUAUCCAGUGCUUUUGCAUGUUAUCACAUUUAAUCUUCAAGGCUUAGCCCUGCAUGACUCCAAGUAUGACUUUGAUCGUUUCUAUCAUGAGGAGUUUACUGAGAAGUGCAAGCAAGUGUUUGUCACUUCCAAAGCAAAUGAAAAUUUGGAAUUUGAAAUCUUGGAAGGAUUUGCCUUAAAGGAUGAAAUCGAUUUUAACAAUGCUGUGGCAGGUUCCAGUUUAGACUCUGUUCUCAGAGAAAGAAGAAAGGAUACAUGUGUCCCUUUAAAGUCUUGGCCUGAUAGUGACAUAGAUCACUUCCACUCCCGUUCAUUUGACAAGAACGUGGCCACUCGGGACCCACAGGACCCUACUGGGAAUCAGGAACAGUUGGAGAGCCCCACUGCUAUCCGCUAUGUAGCCUUGGGUAGCUCAAAACUGAUAUUCGUGAUGAAGACUGACGUCUUAGUCUUUUCACUUCUUGUAGAAGUGUUCAUUGCUUCCAUCAAGUUUAAGCUAUGUAUACUUCUACUAAAUGGAAUUGAAGAAUUGAUUGGCAUUUAUGGGAUUUCAGGACAGAAGGCAAAUGAUUUUUCUUGGCUGCCAUGCUCACUAUCUCCUUAUUGCAAAUGCAUCAUGAGCACCGUCUCUGUCUCCUCCAGCCUGUCAUACAAGUCACUGUGUGCCCGCCCAGAUGUGAGGACAGUGGAGCUCAUUAGCACAGGGGAUGAAGAAAGGAAACUGAGGAUCUUUAGACAUUAUUUCUCCAUUCCCAGCAAAGACCCCUUCUGACAAAUUCUGACAAACUUUGAGGAAAAGACGUUGAGAAAAAAACCAAACCUGAAUCCUUUAAAACUCACAAUCUUAGCAAAUGAAUUGAAAGAAUGUAGAAUCUGCCGAUAUGAGUUUCAGUGUCUGCAGGACUGCGAGGAGGUGGUCUCUAUUAAGGAGCUCUGGGAAUUGAUUCAGAAAUGCUGGAUUAAAGACUAUAUUUGGACUUUUAAAAAGGCAGAUUUGACACUGUUCUCCACAUCCCCGACAGAGGACGUCUGCUGCUCACUGCUCCACUUGGAGGCCAGGCUCUGCAGGCCACCCACACAGCCCCCACGGCGAUUUCUCCUCUGGCACCUCCUGGUGGCGCUGGGAAAUCCCACAGGAGCAGAGCUCAGGGUCCCUCCCCAGGUGCAUGUCUCGGGAAUCGGCCUAGUCACUCUUGUCAGAGAAAGCAGUCCAAAUACCUUUCAGAACCCAGUGAAUCAGAAGAAAACACAUUUUCACCAAAUCUUGGUUAGAUAUGUCCAACAGCAAGCUGAUUUCGGGCAAGUGUAUCAGGAGCUGCCAUAGCAUAUGAAAAUGAGUGGCUGCCGGGAGGAGUUGUGCAGCUUUCUCUCAAGUCCUAGUGUCACAGACAGUACAUCAAAGGUCCGAAGCCCAAGCUUCUGGACAAGGCUGCACCUCAUCCACUACUGGAAGGUACUACCCGAAGCCGGAUCAUGCUUCUGGGUGCUUGAAUGCAGGCUCUUUGAGGUUACCGCCACUGGCAGCCAAAUAAUGUUCUUUAUCAUGAGGUUUCUGAAGCUUACAGAUAAGACCAAUGAAGCGGAAGAGUUAUUCUUCAGUCUUGAGUACAUGUUGGUGCAGAGUCAGUCCAUGACAGAAAUGCUUCUCGAAGCACAGAAUGCUAUUGGAGAACUCUCUCUUGAAAUAGGGACGACCCAGAAAGGGAUCCAGUACUUCCAGAAAGCGUGGCCGAAACUGAUGGAUUUUUUAGAGGAUGACCAGGACUUGGUGAAGCAAGAAGACUCGUGUCCAAAUGGCAGGGCUCUCUGGGUUCAGUUCCUAGGCUCUACUUGUCUCAGGCUCCGCACCUCCUCCUCACGGAUGCCUGGGGUUUCUGCCGUCACUCCCGGUGGUGCUGGCUCCUUGUGUCCAGCUCCUUCUCGGAGCUCUAUCAUCAGCUGCAGAUGUCAAAAGAAGCAAGCAACUGAAUAUUAUAAACAAGUGAUAAAAAUAAAGGAAAAUGCAGUCACAGCGACCAGCUCAUUGUUCAUCAGGAAGCAACUGAGCAUUAGCUUAGACGACACUGUUUUGGGAGAAACAUGUAAUAGGUGGUAUUCCAGAGCUACCCUUUAUACAACUUUAUCCUUCUCUUUUAAAUGUGGGAAGGCAGGAAUAAUUUUAAAAAAUUCUAAUGUUCUUAUUUUCAAAUAUCCAGCAAGUCAGUUACUGAUAAGUGACUCAAGUCAUCACGUCAUGAUUGAGGCAGUGGGCUAUUUGUACAGAUCAUUUGAUUUAAGGGCAACCUACCUGGGAUCUUCUCAUUCAUCAGCCUAUGGAAUCCUGCACCUUCUGAGGGAAAUUGAAUGGAUCCAGGCUAGGGGAUGUUGGCCUCAAGGAAUGAGCCAGCAAUAUUUUGAGAGUUCUAGGAAUGGCGCCUUAUUGUGGGAGCAUUUCUUAAGCUACUACAGUGUUCAGAGCUCUAACACGGUGAACUCUGCAAUGUGCAUGAACGCAGAUAAGCUUUGGAGGGCUAAAAGCAUAGAUGUGGCACCUCAUCCAGUUUCAAAAUGGGCUUCGGAAAAGGGAAAAAGUUCUAGACCCAUUAUUUCCACUUCUUUUGAGGAAAAGACCCCACAGAAGACACAAAAUAAUGUUGAAAUAAGGAAUGGCUUAGAAAAAGAAUCAUCAGAGAAGAAGAAAGAUUAUUCCAAGAUCUUAUGUUUUUAUAAAAUGGAUGGUGUAGUAAAGCUUUCACAGCAAAGGAUUUUGUCUGCUGAAAGUGAGCAUGGAAAAGGCCAAAUCACCAUAAUUUUCCUGCAUUCUAUGCUAAGGUCUCUUAGCACAAAUAAUCCCUGGGAAUCCAUACCUUAAUUUAUAUCAGAAAGGUGACUUUUUCAUAGCCUAGAUUACAGUUCAAUCUCUCAGAAGUGGUUUUUGCAGAGAUCUUAUUUUGAUACAAAACUAUUGAAGACCUCAAAUGAUACUAAUAAAGAAUAAAAAUAAUCUAUGGGCUCUUUGGUGUCUUUUUUUCUACUUGUCUUUAUUUAGAACCCUUUGAU